UCCUCCUCCUCCUCCUCCAACCUCCAUGGCCGAUUCUUCUUCGGCGGUGCUAUACUAUCUGUCUCAGCCGCGGUCCUUGAGACAUUUUUACUUCGUACCCACAAUCUUAGCUCUCGUAACGUCUCUCCUCAUCCUCUUCUACAUUUCCUCUACCUCCAAUCUCUUCGCCCACCACCAUCAUCAUGCUCACUCAAUCCCACAACUGCUACUCAAUAUUUCAUCUUCCUAUACACCCCUUCGAGUCGAAGAAGCUCAUCUGAAAGCGGACGGUGCUCAAGUAAUCGAGGGUCAACGCUCACCAGAGCAACCUCAAUUGGGAUCGAAUGGAAAUUAUGGCAAUAACAACGCCGUGUUCCAUGAUAGACAUAUCUUUCUUGAAGACUAUAAAGAAAUGAAAAGGAGCUUUAAGAUAUAUGUUUAUCCUCACAGGCAAGAUGACUCCUUUGCAAAUGCACUUUUGCCUGUGGAUUCUGAACCCGGGGGUAAUUACGCGAGUGAAAGUUACUUCAAGAAGGUCCUUAUGAAAAGUCAUUUCAUUACCAAUGAUCCUACUAAGGCGGAUCUUUUCUUUCUGCCUUUCUCAAUUGCAAGGUUGCGGCAUGACCCCAGAAUUGGCGUGGGAGGUAUCCAAGAUUUUAUAAGAGAUUACAUCUUCAAUGUUAGUCACAAGUACGAAUAUUGGAACCGGACAGGUGGAGCAGAUCAUUUUUACGUUGCUUGUCAUUCCAUUGGGCGGUCAGCCAUGGAAAAAGCAAAUGAAGUCAAAUUUAAUGCCAUUCAAGUUGUUUGUUCUUCAAGCUACUUCCUACCGGGCUACAUACCACACAAGGAUGCAUGUCUGCCACAAAUUUGGCCCAGAAAUGAAAAGCCCCCUGACCUUCGUUCUUCAAAUAGGACAAAACUUGCAUUCUUCGCCGGAGGAAUCAACUCCCCAGUACGAGAAAAGCUUCUUCAAGUCUGGAGAAAUGACUCUGAGAUUUUUGCGCACUUUGGUCGGCUUACUACACCAUAUGCUGAUGAACUGCUUGGCAGCAGGUUCUGCCUCCAUGUCAAAGGCUUUGAAGUAAAUACAGCUCGUAUUGCAGAUUCACUAUACUACGGUUGUGUCCCAGUGAUAAUUGCCAACUACUAUGAUUUACCAUUCGCAGACAUAAUAAACUGGAGCAGCUUCUCAGUCAUUGUUGCUACUCUAGAUAUCCCACUGCUUAAGAAAAUCCUUAAGGAGAUCAGCUCCGAUGAAUAUCUGCGGUUACAGAGUAAUGUGUUGAAGGUGCGCAAACAUUUCCAGUGGCAUCUUUCCCCUAUUGAUUAUGAUGCUUUUUACAUGGUUAUGUAUGAGUUGUGGCUCCGGCGAGGUUUCUCGACAGUUCCCUUGAGCAAUUUUGAAACUUCUUAGUCAACAAAUUGUUUUACACGAUUGUAACAACUGGAUUCUGCAUGUAUAUGUUUCUUUUAGUUUAAUCCUUUUAGUGCAAAAGUAGCUUGCAAGAUUGAGCAUCAUAAUCUUGACUUUGCUUAGAUUUCUAAUUUUCUGUAGCUGUGAAUUUUGAUUUGUAAUUCACUUCCAAUAAGAGAAAGUAUACAAUUUUUGUUUUGUA